UGAACAUUGGACGGUGUUAUGUAUUUAAGUGUGUCAUUUCAUUAGUUUAUCGUAAGCAACCGCCUGAUAAACGUGUCAUCUUUACCCGUAGACAUUAGAAAUGAGGACGUUGAUACCCAUUUUGGCGUGUUUUCUUAUCUUCACCAGCGCAGAGGUUACUGAAGAAGAUGGUGUUUUGGUGUUAAAUAAAAAUAAUUUUGACGAGGUCAUCAAAGGAAACCAAUUCAUUCUCGUUGAGUUCUAUGCUCCUUGGUGUGGUCAUUGUAAGGCUCUCGCGCCUGAGUACAAAGAGGCGGCUAGAAAGCUAAAGGAUAUGGGCUCUCCUAUAAAACUAGCCAAAGUGGAUGCUACAGUUGAAGGGGAGUUGGCAUCAAGAUACGAAGUCAAGGGAUAUCCAACCCUAAAAUUCUUCCGAAAUCAACAAGAACCCAUUGACUUUUCGGCUGAAAGAGAUUCAGAAUCGAUUGUAAACUGGUGUAUGAAGAAGACGAAACCGUCUGUUGAUUACAUUGAGUCAGUUGAUGCAUGUAAACAAUUCAUCAAUGAUGCAAACAUUGCUGUCCUUGGAUUCAUCAAAGAUACGGAAACAUCUGAAUUGGCAGCCUUCCAGAAAGUAGCUGACGAGUUAGAUGAUGCCAGUUUUGCUGUCGCCAAUUCAAGUGAAAUAAUGGCCGAAUAUGGUAUUACAUCUACACCAAAAGUAGUCGUGUUCAAAAAGUUCGAUGACGACCGUGUUGACUUUACCGGUGACAGUUUUGAUAAUCUGAGUCACUUUGUGCGAGUUGAGAUGGUUCCACUUGUAACAGAGUUCUCCCAGAAAACAGCAAGCAUUGUGUUUGGCAGUCCAGUCCAAAAACAUAUUGUCGUAAUUCUUUCCAAAGCAAGUGACUACGCGAGAUACAUUGAUGACCUAACUAAAGUUUCACGUCAAUUCAAAGGCAAGGCCCAUAUGAUGAUCGUAGAUAUUGACGUUGAAGAUAAUCUACGUGUACUGGAAUUUUUCGGUCUCACAAAAUCUGAAGCUCCAACUUACCGAAUCGUUGAACUUCGCGAUGAAGUAACGAAAUACAAACCUGAAUCCAACGAAUUUUCUGCUUCCUCUAUGGCUGAGUUUACACAAAAGUUCUUAGAUGGAAAAGUUAAGCCAUUCCUUAUGAGUGAAGAAAUCCCGACUGAACAGACAGGUGCUGUUAGAGUGCUUGUUGGAAAGAACUACAACGAUGUUGUCACCGAUAAAUCAAAGGCCGUCUUCGUCAAACUUUAUGCACCUUGGUGUGGUCACUGCAAAGCUCUUGCUCCAACAUGGGAAGAGUUAGCUGAAGCUUUCAAAAACUCUGAUGACAUAAUAAUCGCAAAAAUGGACUCCACUGUUAACGAAGUAGAAGAUCUUAAAGUAACCAGUUUCCCAACAUUGAAGUAUUAUCCAAAGAACUCAGAUGAGGUUAUUGACUACACUGGUGAUCGAUCCUUUGAAGCUUUGAAAAAAUUCGUUGAAUCGGGUGGAAAAUCAGAAAAACCAGAAGAAGAACCUAAGGAUGAACUAUGAGUAGUAAAGGAGAAAAACAAAAAGUUAAUUUUCAACAGAAUGCUCUGUUUUAUCUUCACUCAUUCUACUCAUUUUCCCCGUGCUUUGAGAAACUGCUUAACCCCUCUAAAAACUUUUCAAGCAGUGAUCAACACGCAUCUCUCGUGUGUUUUUUCUCCUUUGUUUUUUUGUUGUUUUUUUAAACAAAAAUUUAUUUGUUUAACUACCAUCUAGCUCUUUGUAGACAUAUGUACUGUGUACUCCUUUCUAUUUUGCCUUUGUUUUUUCUUUUUUGUAUUAUUUAAAGCGCUCACUGCCAGUGCAUUUCUGUGAAUGUUUGUCAAAUGUAUGUGACCUUUUAGAUACCAAUGUUUGUACACCUUCAUAAUUGUUUUGCUUGUUUGUUUGUUUUUUUCUAAUAUAAUUUUUAGACCAUGUUUGCUAAAUACAAAACAAAACCAUUUGUUGUAA